AUGAAUGGCGUGGCGACCUUGGAGCAACGGCAGCAGCCCACAAAAUCAACAGCAGAUUGGCAGACACCACUACCAUCAGGACUGUCAAGAGCUGGUUCGCUCGCUCCGCAAGCGGAGACACCGACUUCGAAGACAAGCCCGGUCGGAACCUCUCACACUGUCGAAGACUCCGCCAUUCUUGGCGCUGUUAAAAAGGAUCUGGAGAUCAACAUCCACAGUCUUGCGACAAGACUCGGGUGUACCAAUUCAACACUCGUCAGUCGCCUCCUGGCCUUCGGCUACAGAAAAGUGCUGGCUCGAUCCCUCACACCUUGA